CGUUCCCCAAUUCGCCACCUCCCCUCUCCCUAACCCCUAACCCCUAACCUACAGGCGCGGGCGACGGCCGUGGACCGGCGGCGAGACGGCCGGCAGCGCGUGGCCCGUGUGCGUGCCGCAAGCAGGCGGCGGCGUCCGGAGAGACGUGAGCGGGCGGGCCAGGCGGCGGUCCAGCGCCGCCGCACGGGUGGGGAGGUCGCGAGCCGUGAGCCAGCGAGGACGCAAGGUGGGCAGGCAGCGGCGCAGCACUUCAGUGGCCGGCAACGACGCAGCGUGUAUCAGCAACCCGGUGAUUGGAAUUGAAAUUGAAAUCGGUUUUUGGGUUCCACCAGCUGGUCUUUCUUAGGAUGUGUGAACCAAGUGGCAGUGAUGAUGCAAUGGUGCAUGCCAGUGAGAUGGUUGAUGGUGAUGAGAUGAUCCACGGCAAUGAGAUGGUAGUUCAUGACAGUGUGAUGAUCGAUGGUAACGAGAUGGUUCAAGAGAACGUCAUGGUCCAUGGGAGUGGUGAGAUGGUUCAAGGAAGUGAGAUGGUCCAUAAUAAUGAAAUCAUUCAAGUUAAUGACAUGAUACAAGUCAACGAGAUGGUCAAUGGUGAUAAGAUGGCCCAUGGUCAUGAGUUGGUCGGUGUUGAGUUGACCACGCCAACCGCAUCAAGACGCCGGAGAAAAAAGUCAGUUGUCUGGGAGCACUUCACGAUUGAAGAAAUGCCUGGGGGAGUUUCACGAGCAUCCUGCAAUCUAUGCAAGCAAACCUUCGCAUACAGUUGCGGCUCAAAAAUUUCAGGUACUAGCCAUCUCAAGAGGCAUAUCACCCUGGCUUCAUGUCCCAUGUUGAAAAAUGAGGAUAUGAAACUUUCAUUGCCUUUAGCGACAGUAACUAACAAUGAUGGUGAGGGUUGUGCAGAACGUGUUGCUAAAAGGCAUUACAGAUCUACUGGCUAUGCAAAUGCUAUGUUUGAUCAAGACCGCACCUGCUCGAAUCUGGCUAAGAUGAUAAUUUUGCAUGACUACCCACUUCACAUUGUCGAACAGCGAGGCUUCACUGCAUUUAUUGGGAGUUUGCAGCCUCGUUUCAGGGUGAUAGAUGUUGAUACAAUUGAAGGACAGGUGCAUUCUGUUUAUCAGAAAGAAAGGGAAAACCUGAUGCAUGUGUUCAGCACUGUGCCUGGAAGAAUCAGCCUCACUGUAAGAUUGUGGGCAACUAGUCAGACUCUUGGAUAUAUUUCACUUGCAGCACAAUUUAUUGACACUGAAUGGAGAGUGCAUCGAAGAAUGGUUAACUUCAUGAUGGUCUCUUCGCCUCAUUCAGAGAAUUCACUUAGUGAAGCUAUCAGUACAAGCCUCUCAGACUGGAACAUGAAGGACAAGCUAUUCACCAUCACAUUGGAUAAUGAUCCCUCGUCACAUGAUAUCUACAGUGCAAACAUGAUAAACUAUCUCUCCAACAAGAAGGACAACAUCAUGAUCAAGGGCCAGUUGUUUGUUGUGAGAUGUUAUGCACAUAUACUGAACACAGUCGCACAAGAUGUCAUUGCUUCUGUUCAUAGUGUGAUCUAUCAUAUCCGUGAAAGUAUAAAGUUCAUAAAAGCUUCUUCUGUCCACGAGGAUAAGUUUGCGGAAAUUGCUCUGCAGUUGGAGAUCCCCAGUGCAAAGACCCUUUGUCUCGAUGUUACAACCCAGUGGAAUACAACUUAUCUUAUGCUUCUGGCUGCAUUGGAUUAUCAGCAGGUAUUUGCAUCAUUAGAGACGUGUGAUGGUGACUACAAUGAAGCACCAUCCACAGAGGACUGGAAGAAGGUCGAGGCGGCAUGCAGUUAUCUUAGUCUGCUCUAUGAUUCUGCACACAACAUCAUGGCUGCACCAAAUCCAACUUCAAAUAUCUUCUUCCAUGAGGCAUGGAAGCUUCAGUCAGAGCUUUCAAAUGCCAUUGCCCAUGAAGACCCAAUUUUCAGGAGCACUGCCAAAAUCAUGCAUGAAAGGUUCGACAAGUACUGGAAGGACUGCAACCUCGUGCUAGCCAUUGCUGUUGUCAUGGAUCCACGCUUCAAGAUGAAGCUUGUUGAGUUCAGCUACUCAAAAAUUCAUAGUGUCGAGGCCGCGAAGUAUGUCAAGGUGGUGGAUGAUGCUAUCCAUGAGCUUUACAGCGAGUAUGCCACGCAGGGGGAAGCUAACAGAGAUGCCCAUGUAACGGACAAUAGUGCUGCAGUGACUCCACCCAAUGGCGAUGAACUCUUAGACUUCGAUAUCUAUCUUUCAGAAAUUGCGACGAGCCAGCCCUCAAUAUCUGAGCUGGAGCAAUACCUGGAAGAAGCCCUCAUGCCCCGCAUCCAAGACUUUGAAAUUUUGGAGUGGUGGAAGCUUAACACCAUUAAGUUCCCAACACUCUCCAAGAUGGCUCGUGAUGUAUUGGCCAUCCCCAUGUCCAUGGUGAGCAGUGGUAGCUCUAUAUUUUCGGCGACGGCAACGGGAAGCCAGAUGCUUGAUGACUACAGAAGCUCCCUGCGUCCUGAAACUGUGGAGGCUCUUUUCUGUGCGAAGGACUGGCUGCAGUACCCACCGGCUACCACUGAAGCUCCAAGCACAGCGUUGGUGAAGAUGGAGAACUAAGUUAUAACUUAGUAUUAGUUAAAUAUUUGCAUUUAGGUGGUGUUUAAUUUGCAUGUGGUUUUUUGGCUGUGUGAGUGGUUUAGAACAUAGAAUGUGACUCAGAUUCCGUUCUAGCUACCCCUCAGAUUACUUUGCACCAUAUGUUAUAUUACUAGAUAAUCUUAAGCCAUGUGACUGAGAGUUCGAAGUUAUAAAGGAUAUUAGGAGCCAUCUUCAAUAAAGUUAGGCAAUUAGAGGCAUGUGAACAGGA